GUUGUCAUUUCUUGGCCUCUCAUUGUUCUUCUCUCCUUCAUUCUGUUUCAGAACAUGAGUGAAAACUUGAAGGACUGUUUGAUCCAGACCCAGGCUUCCUUAGGGGAGAUGGUGACGAUAAAAACAGAGGCCUGCUCUCCGCGCCGGGACCAGGAGUAUGGACAGCCUUGCUCUGGAAGGCCUGACCCGCAGUCCAUGGAGGUGGAGCCCAAGAAACUGAAAGGGAAACGGGAUUUGAUCAUGACCAAGAGCUUUCAGCAAGUGGAUUUCUGGUUCUGUGAGUCCUGCCAAGAGUACUUCGUGGAUGAGUGCCCGAACCACGGCCCCCCCGUCUUUGUCUCUGACACCCCAGUGCCCGUUGGCAUCCCCGACCGGGCAGCGCUGACCAUCCCGCCGGGAAUGGAGGUGGUGAAAGAGCCCAACGGGGAGAACGACGUGCGCUGUAUGAACGAGGUGAUCCCCAAAGGUCACAUCUUCGGGCCGUACGAGGGGCAGAUCUCUAGCCAGGACAAGUCUGCAGGAUUCUUCUCGUGGCUGAUCGUUGAUAAGAACAACCGCUACAAAUCCAUCGAUGGGACAGAUGAAACCAAAGCAAACUGGAUGAGGUACGUGAUCAUCUCCCGGGAGGAGAGGGAGCAGAACCUGAUGGCCUUCCAGCACAGCGAGAGGAUUUACUUCCGUGCCUGCCGUGACAUCCGUCCUGGGGAGAAGCUGAGGGUCUGGUACAGCGAGGACUACAUGAAGCGCUUGCACAGCAUGUCCCAGGAGACCAUCAACAGAAACCUCACAAGCGGAGAAAAAAAAUUGCAGAGGGAAAAGUCAGAAAGGAACGUGGAAACUCAAGAGGACUUGAGGGGGCCGCUCCAACUCGCCACCUUAAAGCAAGGCAAGAGCCCCUACAAGCGCAGCUGUGACGAGGGGGAAUCCCACCCCCAAACAAAGAAAAAAAAGAUUGACCUCAUCUUCAAAGACGUCCUGGAGGCUUCCUUGGAGUCCGCCAGAUUUGAAGAGAACCAGUUAGUGACGAGUACACCCCUUUCCAUCAGAAAAGCGCCCAAAUACCAGGCUGAAGACAUCUUUGAGAGUUGUGGCAGCGCCAUGCAGCACGGCUCCCUGAACCUCAGCAGAAACCGGAGCGAGGGGGAAUGGAAGAUUCCCCACGGUUCCUCUUUCAGCUCAGCCAAAGAGAUGGGCUUCCUGGAAGAUGAAGAAGAAGAGCCCCUGUCACUCAAAGCGGACAGCCCGACUGAGCUGUCACUGGCCUCCGUGCAAGGCAAUUCCCAUGAAAUCCCCACCACCUCCUUCUGCCCCAACUGCAUCCGGCUGAAGAAGAAGAUCCGGGAGCUGCAGGCCGAGCUGGACAUGCUGAGAUCUGGGAAGUUACCCGAGCCACCCGUCCUACCGCCCCAGGUACCCGAGCUCCAAGAGUUCUCAGACCCCACAGCUUCAGAAAGCAUCAUCUCCGUGCCCACCAUCAUGGAGGAUGAUGACCAAGAGGUGGAUUCUGCUGACGAGUCGGUCUCCAAUGACAUGAUUGCUGCUACAGACGAGCCUUCCAAGAUGUCUUCUGCGACGGGCCGGAGGAUACGGCGGUUCAAGCAAGAGUGGCUUAAAAAGUUUUGGUUCCUGCGGUACUCCCCGACGUUGAAUGAAAUGUGGUGCCACGUCUGUAGGCAGUACACAGUGCAAUCCUCUCGGACUUCGGCCUUCAUCAUCGGCUCCAAGCAGUUCAAGAUCCACACGAUAAAGCUUCACAGCCAGAGCAACCUCCACAAGAAGUGCCUGCAGCUUUACAAGCUCAGGAUGCACCCGGAGAAGACGGAAGAGAUGUGCCGGAAUAUGACCUUGCUCUUCAACACCGCCUACCACUUGGCCCUGGAGGGCAGGCCCUACUACGACUUUCGGCCUCUGGCAGAACUACUGAGAAAAUGCGAACUCAAGGUGGUGGAUCAGUACAUGAAUGAGGGAGACUGCCAGAUCUUGAUCCACCACAUCGCCCGGGCUCUUCGAGAGGACCUGGUUGAACGCAUCCGGCAGUCCCCCUUCCUCAGCAUCAUUCUGGACGGGCAGAGCGACGACUUGCUGGCGGACACGGUUGCGGUUUACGUGCAGUACACCAGCAGCGACGGGCCUCCGGCAACCGAAUUCCUGUCUCUUCAGGAACUGGGCUUUUCUACGACAGACAGUUACCUCCAAGCCUUAGACAGGGCUUUUUCCAGCCUGGGAAUACGACUGCAGGAUGAGAAGCCGACUAUUGGCUUGGGAGUUGACGGUGCUAACGUUACGGCCAGCCUGAGAGCCAACUUGUUCAUGACAAUCAGAAAGACCUUGCCCUGGCUUCUCUGCCUGCCCUUUAUGGUGCACAGGCCCCACUUGGAAAUUUUGGAUGCCAUCAGCGGGAAGGAGCUGCCCUGCCUGGAGGAGCUAGAAAACAAUUUGAAGCAGCUGCUCAGUUUCUAUCGUUACUCCCCCCGACUCAUGUGCGAGUUGAGGGUCACCGCUGCCACCCUGUGCGAGGAGACCGAGUUCUUGGGGGACAUUCGGGCGGUGAAGUGGAUCAUUGGGGAGCAGAAUGUGCUCAACGCUCUAAUCAAGGACUACCUGGAGGUUGUGGCCCACCUCAAAGACGUCAGCGGCCAGACCCAAAGGGCGGACGCUUCUGCCAUCGCUUUGGCCCUCCUGCAGUUCCUGAUGGACUACCAGUCGAUUAAACUCAUUUACUUCCUGCUGGAUGUGAUCGCUGUGCUGUCACGCCUCGCCUACGUCUUCCAAGGGGAGUACCUUCUCGUGUCGCAGGUGGACGACAAAAUAGAGGAGGCCAUCCAGGAGAUCAGCCGGCUAGCGGACUCCCCCGGGGAGUACUUGCAGGAAUUUGAGGAAAACUUCCGUGAAAGCUUUAACGGCAUCGCUGUGAAAAACCUACGGGUGGCUGAAGCCAAAUUCCAGUCGAUCAGAGAAAAGAUCUGCCAGAAGACCCAGGUGAUCCUAGCCCAAAGGUUUGAUUCCCGUAGCCGGACAUUUGUGAAGGCCUGUCAGGUGUUUGACCUCGCCGCUUGGCCCAGAAGCACCGACGAGCUCAUGAGCUACGGGAAGGAGGAUAUGGUACAGAUAUUUGAACACCUGGAGACGGUCCCCUCGUUUUCCAGGGAGGUUUACAGAGAAGGGAUGGACACCCGCGGGAGUCUGCUGAUGGAGUGGCGAGAACUCAAGGUGGAUUACUAUACCAAAAACGGUUUCAAAGACUUGCUCAGUCACAUUUGUAAAUACAAACAGAGAUUCCCCCUCCUCAAUAAAAUAGUUCAGAUCCUCAAAGUCCUUCCCACCUCCUCGGCCUGCUGCGAGAAGGGGCGCAGCGCCCUGCAGAGAGUGCGCAAGAACCACCGCUCGCGGCUCACCCUGGAGCAGCUCAGCGACCUCUUGACCAUCGCCGUUAACGGGCCGCCCAUCGCCAACUUCGACUGCAAAAGGGCUCUCGACAGCUGGUUCGAGGAGAAGUCGGGCAAUAGUUACGCCCUGUCAGCCGAAAUGCUGAGCAGGAUGUCCUCCCUCGACCAGAAGCCCAUGCUGCAGAGCAUGGACCACGGCUCCGAGUUCUACCCCGAUAUUUAGGAAGGAAUAAUGCCUCAGAUCAGAAAGCUGUUGAAUAAUUUUAUUUUUUUUUUUUUUAAUCUAUACUCUAAACUUUGAUAUAUUAUAUAAAAUAUAUAUAUAUAUAUUAUAUAUAUUAAGGAAAAAAACCCACACUGAAAAUUUAAAAAGUUAAGACGAUGUGCGUCUGAUAGAAGCUAAGCAGAAUUUUAAAGAUUGGGACAAUGUUUAGACAUUUACUGGUGUCUCCAACCAUGGCAGCUGCAGUGUAGGUGGCAACAUUUCAUUCUCUAGAAGCAUGUGCUGGGGCCAUACUCUACAUGUUCAAACCUAUAUGAUCUAUAAGCUACACGACGGGUUCUUUGUCAGCCUCAUCCUCCCGGCGAUUUUCCUUUGUGUGUGUGUUGUCGGUUUGUCGGGGGUUUGGUUUUUUUUUUGUGUUGUUUUGUUUUGGGGUUGGCUGGUUUUGGUUGUUUGUUUUGUUUUUUGUUGUUUUUUUUUUUUUUCCCCUCAGUUUUAAUCUCUGCCUCUCUUUCCGUUGUUCAGUCCAGUUAUUGAGCCAUUUGAGCCUUUUUGUUGACGACCAUCAGAUUUCUGAUGCCCGACGGAGCAUCCCGUGCGUUUGUGUUGCCCCCAGCUCCCCCUCUCCAACCUGGUCCUCUUCUCUCCAGUGGGAGCUUUCUUCACUCCCGGAGAUGACUGGCAGGAGGGAAAGGCUGGGGGUGCAAUUUUGGGUUUGUUUUAUUGUUUUUUUUUCUUUGGAUUUAGAAACAAAACGCCUCCACUAAACUGUGAUGCCCCUUCCUCAGUUCUCCCCACUUUUGGGCUGUAGAGUAAGACUUGGCUUUCAGCUCCCUUUCUGAUAACCGUAGUACCAGUCUAUCAUGCAUAUAUUAUAACAUGAUGUCAUGUGCAGACUAUAAAAUAGCAAAAUAGAGAAGGCAGGGGGAAAUUUUUUGCAUUUAUAUUUUUAUAUUGUAGGAGAUAAAAAUAUAUAUAUAUACAACUAUUCAUUCAAAACCAGGGCUGCUGUGGAAGCUAGAACAGCCAAUGAGUCAAGAGCCAUCUCUGGGCGGAGAUUCAAAGGCUUAAAAAAUUAUAUUCUAAUUUACAUUAUUUAUACUAUGUCUUUAUAAUCCUAGAUUGUUGUGGGUUUUUUUUUUGUUUUGUUUUGUUUUGUUUUGUUUGGAAUGACUGAGAGAAAAACCUGCCGCGGUUCGGUGGCAGGAGCUAUCAAUGCAAGAUUAUCUUGGAUUAUAUUCAUGUGAUGAUGUCCUACAAAGGUUCACGUAUUCUCUUGUGACCAAGGUAACAUGUUCCACAGCACAGCAGACUGAUGACAGCAGGAAGAAGGGAUGCUCCUCUUCUUCCUGCGACAUAAUUCUUCCUUUCUUGAAGGGAUGCGGAGUCCAGCUGAAAUGUGAAUGGGGGACUUGCACCUUCCAUCACAAAGAGAUUGUUCCGUGGGCUUGGGGUUCUUCUCCGUUUUAUUCUUGUAAAGGAAAUGAGCUCCAGGCACUCACACGAUAUCACUUCAGGUU